AUGUCUAUUCUUAUGGAUGAAUCUACUACAGUAAGUUCUUUAUCAGGUAUGGUGGUUUAUGUUACAGCAUCAAUAUUAAACUUAGAACCUACUUUUAUAUUUUUGGAUUUGGUAGAAUUAAAAAGUCAAACAGCUUCUAAUAUAGUCAGUCAAUUAAUAAAAUGUCUUUAUACUUCUGGAUUCACAGAAAAAUUUUUGGUAGAACAUUGGAUAUCAUUUGUAACAGAUGAAGCUAGUGUUCUCCUUAAAAAAAGAAAUGAAGUGGCUAUAUGCUUGAAAAAAAAAUAUCCCUUAAUUUUUAAUGGCACUAUCUUAAUCAUUGAAUAG